GAUACAAGAUAACAAACUGAUACCAAUCACCAACGACCACAAUUCAUUCAGUACCAAAAAAAAAACAACACCCAAGCACCUUGAUGGCGGUCACCACCUCCUCCCUCCACUUCCACCACCACCUCCUCCGCCGCCAAACCCCCCUCUGUCUCCCCUCUCUCCGGAAACCCACCUGCCUCCUCCUCACCAAAGACCGAAACAAGAAUCGGGCACUGAAGAGCAGCUUAGCUGAGCAAUGCCAGAGCCAAGGGCAAGACCUCAAAUUGAAAGGGCUUGUGGAUUUCUUGUACGACGACCUCCCUCACCUCUUCGAUGACCAGGGGAUCGACCCCUCGAUGUACGACGAUCGGGUCAACUUCCGGGAUCCCAUCACGAAGCAUGACACAAUUGGUGGCUAUCUGUUCAACAUUCGGCUGUUGAAGGGUCUGUUUGAUCCGAAGUUCGAGCUUCACAGUGUCAGGCAGACAGGACCGUAUGAAAUUACAACAAGAUGGACAAUGGUCAUGACAUUUGUUCUUCUACCAUGGAAACCACAAUUGGUCUUCACAGGAGUCUCUAUCAUGGGUGUCAACCCUAAGACUCAAAAGUUUUGCAGCCAUAUGGAUCGUUGGGAUUCCAUACAAAACAAUGAUUAUUUCUCUUUGGAAGGUUUCAUAGAUGUUUUCAAGCAGCUGCGAUUCUACAAGACUCCAGACUUGGAAUCACCAAAGUACCAGAUACUGAAAAGAACUGCAAAUUAUGAGGUGAGGAAGUAUGAACCAUUUCUGGUGGCUGAAACGAAAGCAGAUAAGCUCUCUGGGUCUUCUGGUUUUAAUGACGUUACUGGGUACAUAUUUGGAAAGAAUUCUGCCACAGAGAAGAUUCCAAUGACAACUCCUGUCUUCACUCAGGCUCUUGACAAUGAACUAUCAGAAGUUUCAAUCCAGAUAGUUCUACCAUUGAGCAAAGAGUUGGACAAUUUGCCAGCUCCUAAUACGGAGGCAGUUAAAUUAAGAAAAGUGGAAGGAUGCAUUGUUGCAGCAAUGAAAUUUAGUGGGACAACUAAUGAGGAACUUGUGUGUAAUAAAGAGAAGGAACUUCGUUCUGCACUACUUAAUGAUGGUCUGAAACCUCAAAACGGUUGUAUGCUAGCUCGUUAUAAUGAUCCUGGUCGGACAUGGAGCUUUAUAAUGGGACUAAAGCGAAAGAAUUUGUCAUUUCCAAGUUUUGAUCAUCCAUAUUCCUGAAUGUAUUGAAUUAGUGAUGAGGAACGAGGUGCUGAUAUGGCUUGACGAUUUCACAUUAGAAUAAUUUGUACAUAUUACAGAGCUCCUAGAAAUACUGAACAUAGAAAGUCCUCAUGUUGUGUACCAUGGGAAGGUAUAUGUCUCUAAAGCACAGAAGCUAUUGUUAGUCAUGGAAAUCCUCAGCUCUACUGCGAAGAGUUUUCUUCAUUUUUUUAAUUUGAAAAUUUUUGAUCCAAGGUGUAACAGCCCUUUCGUACGCAUGUAUCUAUUCUCGUUCUUUGAGAAACUUGAUGUUAUAUAAAGUUCGAAGUACAAAUUGCACAAUA